GUUUCCUCCAGGGCGACAGGGGGCGCAGCCCGCAUUCGACGAGAGUUCCAGGUCAGCGCAAGCAACGUCAGGCAUUCGCUUUCAGGAAGUUGGUAACAAGUUGGAAUCCAGGAAGAAGAGUGGCAAAAACUCACGAAAAUGGGUUUCGUCAAAGUGGUGAAGAAUAAAGCCUACUUCAAGAGAUAUGAAGUAAAAUUCAGGAGAAGAAGAGAGGGGAAAACUGAUUACUUCGCUCGCAAGCGCCUAGUUGUGCAGGACAAGAACAAGUACAACACUCCAAAGUACCGCAUGAUCGUCAGGCUCUCCAACAGGGACAUUUGCUGUCAGAUUGCCUAUGCCAAAAUCGAAGGGGACCACAUUGUGUGCGCUGCUUACUCCCAUGAGCUGCCCAAAUAUGGGAUCACUGUGGGCCUGACCAACUAUGCUGCGGCCUACUGCACUGGGCUGCUUCUAGCUCGCAGGUUGCUACAUAAGUUUGGCAUGGACCAGGCCUACGAGGGCCAGAUCGAGGUCACAGGAGGUGAGUUCAACGUAGAGAGUGCUGACGGUCAGCCGGGUGCCUUCACCUGUUACCUGGAUGCGGGCUUGGCCAGGACCACCACAGGAAACAAGGUGUUUGGAGCCCUGAAAGGAGCAGUGGAUGGAGGUCUCUCUAUUCCCCACAGUGUAAAACGAUUCCCUGGUUAUGACACGGAGAGCAAAGAGUUCAACGCCGAGGUGCACAGGAAACACAUCAUGGGCAUGAACGUUGCCGACUACAUGUCUUACCUGAUGGAGGAGGACGAGGACGCCUACAAGAAACAGUUCUCGCGAUUUAUCAAAAAUGGAGUCACACCAGACAAGGUUGAGGAAAUGUACAAAAACGCACACGCCGCCAUCAGAGAGAACCCCGUACACGAACAGAAACCCAAAAAAGACGUCACAAAGAAGAGGUGGAAUCGGGCCAAGUUGUCUCUGGCACAGAGGAAGAACCGCGUCGCCCAGAAAAAGGCCAGCUUCUUAAGAGCGCAAGAACAAGAAGCAGGGGACGGUUAGGGGCUCGGCACAGAGCCCUUUGGCUGGAACACACACUUCAGACGAAUAAAUUAAUUUCCAUCACA